GGGGGGGCAUUUUCACAAAGGCCAUGAGUUCCCAUGGUGUCAAUCCCGCCGCUGCCCCGCGGGGCUUGGCCGGAGCUGGAAGGCGAUGCGCGGGUGCGCCAAAGCAGUAGCACCCGCCCAAAAGCCCAGCGGCCCUUGCCAAACUUGAACGUGCCGGCGGAGGCUGAGGAGGCGCUCUGGAGAUCCCGGUGCUCCAUCGUGGGCCUCAUCGUGGUGGAGCUGCUGCGAAUCUCGGUGGUGCACGUCUUCCCCUCCCCGGGCGGCCUGGAGUACACCUGCCAGAUGCUGAGCUCUGCGGCCAACUCCAUCGCAGCGCUGGGCGCGACGCCGGUCUUCGCCGCGCAGGGCCUAGGCGUCUGCGUGAACCGCCGGUGCUUAGGGUCCUUGCUGACGCUGAUCUUGACCUCCGCCACCUGCACCUGGGGGGCGUUGGUCAUCGCGCUCUUUCCAGGUGGCGUGCUACAGCGCCUUUGGGAAAAGGAGCUGCUGGACGAAGGGGCGCCCCAAGUCUUGGCCUUCGCCGGGGUUUGGAACUGCCUCAUGCUCUCCUCGGUGUCGCUGCAGUCGGCGCUGUGCGUCUCCGCCUGGGGCUUCUAUCGCACCUACCGUCAGCUGGGUCUCUAUCCGCCAGGCAAGGGCAAAGUGCAGCCAGAUGUGUCCCCGCUGGAGUUUGUGUGCGAAGCGGAAGACGUGGCCCUCCUCAGCGACCAAUGCCAUGGAAACUGGCAGUCCUGCGGGCUGACGACGGUUGAAGGCUUGGAAUCCCAGGCUCCAGCGCCGACCCCGGCCCCGGCGCCAAGGGCGGAGGCUCAGCGCCGGCUGCAUGAGGAUGACGUUCCAUUCCCCAGCUCCUGAGAGCGUGUCAGCAACUUCGCGGAAGGCUUGCCCCAGUUGCUCAGCGGAUGGGCUGCUGGAGACA